UUGGUGGAGAGAAGAACCUGAUGCCUUCUUUUGAUGUGUGAGUGGGUGGUGCUCUUUUCUCAUCAAAACAUACUCUCUUCUCUACUAUAGUAUAUCUCUUCUUUCCAUCUUCUUAUACUCUCCUCAGCUACUACUUCUCCUCCUAGUUAUACUUUUGGUAUUUCAUCUUCCUUCCAUUUUUCUCAUUAUGUAUUAUCCUCUUAAACCUCUCAUCUUUAGUCUCACAUCACAAAUAAAAUCAACAUAGUUUGUAUCUUUCUCUUUCUUUUUUUUGUUUGUGUUUUUGGCUCAGACCCUCUUGAUUUUUUCUAUUGGAUGAUCUUUUUCAGUUAUGUGUGGGUUUUGCUUUAAUUUGACUAUGAGAGCGAUUGUAGGUACUAGAUGAGGUUUGAAUACUGAGAUUUCUUGUGAUUUCAUGGUCUUUAUUCUGUGAUUGUUUGAGGUUUCUUUCUAGAGUUUGCAAAUCUGGUCUCUAUUUUUAAGUUUUGAACUUUGAUUUCUGUGUGGUCACUCUUCUUCUACUGUUCACUGAGACCAGCCAAUAAGGAUUUGAUUUUGAUUUCUGGGGUUUCUUCAUUUCUCUAUAUCUUGAACUUGAAAUCUAACUCCUUUUGAUUUCCACUAAUCUUGACCAAAGACUCAGUUUUCUUAUGUAGGGAUCUCAAAUAUUUGUUGCUAAAACUCUUUAGAUUUACUUUGUUUGGACUUGAUUUUGAACGUGUAUUAGUGCUUAGUUGUUCCCCAAGAAGCAAAACUUGAGAAAUUUUAUGUACCUUUUUCUUGGGUUUGUCCACAUAAAAUAACGUUUCAUGAGACUUGAUCUACCUUCACAUCUUUGCUUGUGGGUUUCUUUCUUUCCCAAAAUUAGUUCUUUCCUUGUUCAAUGGGUCUUUUAAACAUAAAUAGUUGGCUUCAGAUUUACUUAGCUUAGCACAUAAAAUAACAUUGUUGUUGACCCCUUUAGUCUUUUGUUGGUCUUUCUUGAAACUUCUCCUCAGCUUAAUUAAUCUCAUGUUUUUAACUAUGUUGCAGGCUGAAUUUUUUUUUUUUAUGAAGAAAGGGUAAAAUCUUGGUGUUUUAGUGGUGGUGGGGUUUUGUUUUGUUGUCUGUGGAGAGAGGCCUUUAAUUAGAGGCUACUGUUAUGCUGAAGGCUAAGUAUAAUAAGGAGAUAAGACUAAGUAGUAGUAGUCUUGGAAAGUAUAAUAAUAGGAGCAGCAGCAGUUCUUGUGACUGUUGGAAAAACAGCACAAGAAAAACAAGAAGGGAGAAGCUUAAUAGCAGAUGUUAUCCAUUGAAAAACUUGCAGCAGCAGAUCCUUCCCAAAUCUCUCUACUGAAAAGUAGUAGUAGUGAUGAGAGGCCUUCUUCUGAUGAUGAUGAUGAUAAGAAGCAAUUAGAUCUGAACCAUUUUGAUGACAACAAACCACUCCCUAAAUUCUCCUUAAGAGAUUAUGUUUUCAGAAGCCGGAGAAAGGACAUAAAGACCAAUUGGCCAUUUUCUCAGAAAAAUUUGCAGCUUUGUUUGAAGCAUGGCGUGACAGAUUUGUUACCCCCUUUUCAAUCUGUUAAGGGAUGUGCUGUAGAUAAUUGUUCGAUUGACAAGGACAAUAUUGUAGGAACUUUUGAUCAGGAGGAGCAUGUUAAGGUAGAUGAUGAUCCUAGAUGUAUGCCAAAAUUAGCUGCGGAUUAUAGAAAUAUCAGUUCAAGUCGAUCUGAUAAAGAGAAGGUGAUCCAGUCAACGAUAACCACUCAGUCUUGUUCUGAAAUUGAUUCAGUUCCAACAGCUGAAAGGAAUCCUAGCUUGGGAACAGAAGCUGUUGGGAAAUCUGAGGGUAAAGGUCUUUUACCUCCCAUGUCAAACAAGAGCGGGAGCACAGCACAACCGCCAGCAGCAAAAAAGUGCAGAUUAAUAGUCAAGUUGGGAAACGUUACAGAUCAUCGAACCGUAGAAGAGGAAACUACCACCAGCAACAAUUUCAUGGCUUCUGAGGCAAUGGCUUCGAAAGUAUGCCCAGUUUGCAAGACUUUCACAUCCUCAUCAAACACCACCUUGAAUGCUCACAUAGAUCAAUGUCUCUCUGGAGAGUCAACAAUCAAGUGGACAGAAAAUUCUAGUAAGGUGAUUAAGCACAGGAUAAAACCAAGGAAAACGAGAUUGAUGGUGGAUAUCUACACAACAGCUGCGUGCUGUACGCUGGAGGAUCUCGAUAGGAGGAAUGGAACCAACUGGGCCUCAAACCCGAGUUUGUGUGUUCGAGAGACUGAGGUAUCUGCUGUUGAGAAACUGGAUAAACCUCCUCCUGUCUGUCAUGAAUGCACUGAUAAUGAAGGUGCUGUUUAUAUUGAUGCCAAUGGCACAAAGGUUCGAAUUCUGUCCAAGUUCAGCGAUGAGCAGCCACAAUCAUCAAAGCUGAUUAAUGAUCCUCUUCAGAAAAAUUUGGUAGACGGAGAUAAAAAAAGCAAAUUCAUUUUGACAAAUAAGAGGAAGAAGAAGAAUCAUACCCAGAGACAGCACAAGCUUCUGAAAUCUUCUCGUACUAAAAAGUUUUGUUUGUCCAAGCCCUAUCACUGUCCCAAGAUUGAGAGUGGUCAAGAUAGCACCUUUUCCCCCAGAGAAAAUGUUGUCAAAGAGGAUUGCUUAAAUACGCAGCUCAGAUCUCCAGAACAGGUGUUAUUAAAUGGAUUGGGAACCAUAAAACAAUGGGCAUGUUCGAAGAGAACUGGCCUCACAAGGAAGAUCAGUGAUAAGGGCAACCAUCAGCGUUCUGGAGGUGUUAUGUUGACUGGCGUUCAAGAUGGCAAUGUUGUGUUGCCUAUGACUGAUUCAUCUUUGAAGAUAAGAAGCUAUCUUUACAAAUCUCCAAGAUCAUCUGUUAAUACUGUAUGUUUGCCUGAGAGUAGCCAAAGAACGGGGGAUGUGCUACUUGAGCCUCAAGAUGAACAUAGCGAGGAGCCUUCUCUGCAAAAGAAAGUGGAUUUUUCAUUGUCUCGAUCUCAAUUCCCAUCUAACAAGAAGAGAUCCCUUGUGUUACAAAGGAACAAAGAAAAGCAUUUGAAGGUAGAUGUCCAUUCUGUAAACAAUGGCUCCGGUGAUCGUCCAAAAAUAACAGUAGAUCAUGCACUUUCUGUGAAACAUAUGAGUGUUGGGAGAAAUAUAGAUCUACUAGAAAAGGCGGAUAACUCUGAGAUCAAUGGUGAACCGACCACCUCUCAUCCAGCAUUCUCCUCGAAAGAUAGGAAGUUGUCAUCAUUGAGGAAGAACCUUUUGUCUGUCAGUGAAGGGCCUGCUCGUGGUGUUAAAUGUAGCUUGAAGUGGAAAACAGCUUCCCUUAAGAAGUCUAGUAUGCGCUGCAUUUCAGAAUCAGAAGAAGCCGUAGUUUGUCAAACUGAAGGAGAGAAACGUUGUAUAAGAGGAGAUCCCAGUGAAACUAAAGUUCAAGGGAGCAAGAGUUGUGAUAGGGUAAUUGUUAAAAGAUCUAGAAUUUUAAACAUCAGGGAAAAUAGGGAGGGAGUUAUGGUUUCUAAUGUGGAGGGUUCUCUGGGCUUGAAGAGCUGCUCACAGUCUUCAGCUGAGAUUCAUUCUGAUAAUGAAACUGGCAGCACUUUAGCAGGUGCGUCUGAUGCUAUGAGAUCUGUGAAAGUGAAUGAUCAAACUCAGAAUGACAAGACUAUGGAUCCAGCUGUUGCCUCGGAAUUUGCUGCGAGGGGAGAUUUUAUGAGUUUUAGCAAGUCUUUGGAUGCUGGAUCUGAUGAGUUGUCUGGUUCUGCUAGAUCUCAGUUGUUUAGUGAAGAGUAUGAAGGAUCACUUCUUGGCACCAAAGCUGCAACACGUUCACAAGAUCCUAUUUUAGGUGUUGAAGAAGAGAUGUUUAGUGCAGCGGAGAUUGGGAAAAGUAUGAUUGAUCACAAUCUCCAUGACGAUGUUACUGAAUUGGGAUGUAAUGAUGGUCAAGGGAAUUACUUUUUGGAGGUUGAUCCAAUUCCCAUACCAGGACCGCCUGGAUCUUUUUUACCUAGUCCUGGUCGUAUGAGCUCAGAAGACCUUCAUGGGAGUUCAUCAUUAACCAGCAGUAAAAUUCAAUCUUCUGCAGAUUAUCCUGAAUUCUUUGAUCAAGAUUCUUCUGGUUCCCCUACUUCUGCUGCAUCAACAGUUUCUAACUCCACUAUGGCUAGAACUGGCUCAAGAUAUUCGGACAAGUUGUCUGGCGAUGGAAGGGAUUCUUCUGAAAGUCUCAGUUGUCACACAGCUGGCUGGGAAGAUAAAAGGUCUAGCUUUUCUGGCAGCAGUACUGUUGAUCUUCUGGUGGAAAAUUCUGUCACUCGACUUCAGACAGAAAAUACAGGAGACGAUAGGGAUGGACUGGACAAAUUUAAUGCAAAUACAUUCUUUCCUGGAAAAGGAGCUUUCAGAUUUACAAAUGAUAAGCCAUGUUGUUGUGUCAGGAAAGAAGGAGCAGCCCAAGAGUCACAGCUCUUACAGCGAAGGGCCAUGGCACCUUCCCCUUUUCCUGCCAGUGAGAAUCAGUUGAGGUGUGAUUCAAUCAGAAGACCUAAUAAUAUCAGUAAUUCAUUUUCUCUUAGUGACUCGAGUUCAGGACCUGAAACAAAUGCCACUAAACCAUCCACUGGACAUACUCAAUUUGGAGUUUCUGCUGAUUCUGACUUCAAGCUCCUAACUCGUGAUUCCGAGUCUUUUAGUCCAUCUGCUUCCAAUCCAGUUCUCAGGCUGAUGGGAAAGGACUUAAUGGUGGUCAACAAAGAUGAAGACUCCCCACUGAAAAGAUCAUCUCACUCAAAUUCCAUGAAUGACCUGGCAAACACUAGACUUGCUGGUGUUUCUUGUGGCAGUCUUCGUAGUGAGGAUCUCUACUCCUCUCGCCAGGUGGAUGCACAUAAUCGUCUUGUCUCUCACUUGCCUCAAACUGGUGAUCCAGUACAGCAUUUUGAUGUCAGAUUGUUAAAUGGUUUCGAAAGUCGCGACAGUUACUCAAGGCCACAACAGCUGUCCCCUACAUCUCCAGUCUCGAUUUCAUGCAAGAGUAGUGGUGGCGGAUUGAUGGGUUCCGUUGGCGGACAAGACUAUUUAGGAGGGUGCAAUUUACGUACUGUGCUCAAUGGACCAAAUGAGACAUGUGAUGGAAAGAAGUUCGUGGCAACUCCCAUAUCUCAUUGGCAAAAUUCUACUUCAGUUGGGAAUGCCGUCAAAGAAAUUAUUAUAAUUGAUGAUUCUCCAGAAAACGGGGCUGAUUCUGCAUACACCAUGGGCACGGGGAGAAGCAAGUCGUCAACUGGUAUCCAAAUGCAAAUGAUCAGCUCGGGCUAUACGUCAAAGUUUGUGAAUUUCUGCGAAAAUAGACCGUGUGGUUCUCCUUACAGCGGAUCUGGAGUAGCUCAGAAUGCGAAUUUGCCUACUCAAAUGAACGAGAUUCCUGCUAAGUGGAAUGGCAAUCCGGAAGGUUGUAGUUUUGCUCGUCCAAGCUCUUUCUCGGCUUCCUCAUCACCUGCAGGUCCUUUUAGAUCAUCAUCUUUGUAUUAUUCUGCCGGCUUUUCAUAACCAAGAAUGUUGCCUUGCAUGGGCAUUUACUCGCUUGACAGACAAUAGAAACCUGACGCUUACAAAGCAUAAAUAUAGCAGUCUGAACGAAAACACACACGGCACGUUUGAGCAGAUGAGUUAUUCUAGAUUUGCUGGUUUUGCUUUAAUAGCUACUUGAAAAACUGAAAGUUCCAUAGAGAUCAAAAGCAUUUUACUGAGGCCAGUUCGAAAAUUCCCUGGAGUCCCUACUAUGUAUAAAAGUCUUUGAAUAAUGAGUUGUUCCGAGGAUAUGAACUUCCAAAGUGGUUUCUUCUUAAUAUCUUUCUUUUCCCCA